UUAUUCAUUCAUUAGAAUAUCCGAUAAGGCAAUAAGACCUCAGUUUCGAAAGUUGUAGCUUUUUUUUUGUUUCAUGAGCUAGUGCUUGUAGUCGAAUUAGUAGUACAGACUAGUUGUACUCCAGAGAGAGGUGGGACCGCCAACUGCAGACAAAAACACAUGGAAAAAGACAGGCUGAAAAGCAUUACACAGAACUAGAAACAAAAAGCACCAAAUGGAUGUAAUUAUAUGCUUUCAAAAACAUGCUUUAAAAAAAUCAUACAAGGAAAGUCGGGAACACUUUCACAGGGAAAGAUCGUGGUUAUGGAAGCUUUUUACUGGGCUUUGUAUACUGGUAGUCAUGUGUUUGCUGGUUGUAUGGUCUUAUAUGGGAAAUGGAAGAAAAAAACACCCUUCACCCAACAUUUUGUCUCAGCACUGUGCAGGACUCCAGAAACCUUUAAACUCCAGCUCUCCUGCAGGAAUCAAUUCAAAAGACUCAGAAAAGUCUCAGUCACUAAUAAACUCUAUUUACUCUGAAUUUGGAAUCAGUUUAGAGGACUACCUCAGGUUACAGGAGGCUGUUCACUGGGCAGAUCCUGACAGAUCAAUCACAAAUGUGUCCAUGAGUACUAGUCCAGCUCACACCACAUUCAUAAUUGAGAAUCUGAAAAAGAGCUACCAAACUGGUGAGAAGCUUUUUGUUACGGUGCACGCAAAGGACUUUUAUAAUAAAUCUAAGAGUUAUGGAGGCGACUUUUUUCAAGCCAAGCUGUUCUGGAAUAACACUAAGGCAAGUGUGUUCGGGGACGUGAAGGACAUGCUCAACGGCUCCUACUCUGUGUGUUUCCUCCUGCCGUGGGUCGGCGAGGCCCAGGUGGCUGUGCGUCUAAUUCACUCCAGUGAAGCUGUGCAGGUCCUGAAGCGUCACAGAGAUACUGACUCUGACAGAGUGUACUUUAAUGGAUAUUACGAGGGACCAGGACCAAAUAAGACCAGGCUGAGUGAAACAGUGAUGUGUAAUGUUAAGUGGGACAAGAAUGGACUAGAGCAUAUGGGAACUGGAGACUGUUGCUGUGAAUACAAAGAUCCCCAUACCGAAGAAAUAUGGCGGUGCCAGAGACCCAAAUCCCUGCCAUGCAGUGCCCUUGUGUACCACUCUAUGGGCGGUUAUAGAAACCGUCUGACUGAAAAAGAGAAGAAGCUUAUGAAGCAAACUAAUAAAGAUAUCAAUGGAGAUAAGAGCAUCAUCAAAAUUUUUUCAUCAAAAACUAUUGGUAUGUUGGUCAAUAGUUUAACCCAGAAGAACAGUACAGCACAGAGAUGCAGAGAUGCUGGGAAAUGUGUUGCACAAAAAAGAGGAACUGAUGUUCUGACACUUAGACAAUAUAAAAUAAAGAAAUGUCAUCCUGGUUUACACACUCCAGUUCCAGCCGGAUUUUACCUGAAUGAUGUGUGGACGUCUUUUGUCUGUAGCACCCGGCAUUUUACAACCCAAAUGACAAGCGAGUGCCUGAAAGACAAACACAUUUACAUGAUGGGAGACUCUACUAUGAGGCAAUGGUUUGAGUUCUUUGUGAAAGAAGUACCAAACCUGAAACAGAUGGACUUGCAUGUCCAAUAUCAGUCAGGGCCUCUCCUAGCAGUGGAUGUGGAGAACAACAUUGACUUACACUGGAGGGCUCAUGGCCUUCCUCUGCGCACUGAGAAAACAGCGGUUGCUGAUCUGCAUUACAUCAGUAAUGAGAUCAAUGGCCUGGCUGGAGGACCCCACAUGGUCAUUAUGUUCAAUCUGGGGCCCCAUUUCACCACGUACCCUCUGGAUUUCUACACCCAUAGAGUGUUGAUAAUCCGCACAGCUGUUCUAGCAUUGUUACAGCGGGCACCUGACACUACCGUUAUAAUAAAGACGGUCAACACUGGUUAUAAGGAUAUUUUCGGCAGUGACUGGUAUUCUCUACAAUUGGACAAAAUUCUGCGUUGGGCUUUUCAGGAUGUUGGUGUUUAUAUUCUGGAUGUGUGGCAAAUGACGGCCUGUCACUACAGCAAAGAGAACAUUCAUCCAUGCCCUGUCAUCAUCAAAAAUGAGAUUGACAUUUUACUUUCUUUUAUUUGCCCCGUAUAAAUUGAAAUGAUUAAAUUUUACUACAUUUGAAAAUUCAGGUCAUGUGCAGAAAAAACAAGUGUGUACUAAAAACAGGUCAUUGCAGUUGAAUUCCUGCAUCCUCAUGGAAUUGUUACUCCUGAUGCUUGUCUACUGUAGGCAUACUUAAAAUUUUCACAAACCUAACCAAAUAUAUUUAAGUAGUUAUAUUGGAUUGGGUAAAUUUUUAAAAUACUGAUCAAAUCAACAGAACUCCUCGUUAGUAAAAUGGACGUAUCCCCGCCUGUCACAUGGAAGACCUGGUUCCGAUUCCCCGAUGGUGAGACCUAGUGUAGUGGGCAGUUGUGGCCUAAUGGUUAGAGUUGGACUUGUAACCCAAAGGUAGUGGGUUCGAGUCUAAGUACCAGCAGGGUUUGUAGGUGGGGUGAGUAAAUGUACAGCGCUUUCUUCCACCUUUAAUACCAAGACUGUGGUGAGACCCUUGAGCAAGGCACCGAACCUCCAACUGCUCUCUGGGUGCUGCAGCAAAAAAUGGCUGUGUGUGUGUGUGUGCUCUUAGAUGGGAUAAAUUCAGAGCACAAAUUCUGAGUAUGGGACAUCAUACUUGGCCACACGUCAGGUCCUUUUCAUUUAUAUAACAAAACUAAAUGCCAGCAGCAUGGAAAAGGUAUAAUAUAAUAAUCAAUUCUCUCUAUCAUGAUUCUUAAACGAU